UAGUUGACCAAUUGUCACAAGUUGAGUCGCAUCGCUAGCACGAGCAAAAAAUACCAUGUCGUCGCCAGCCAUCACCAAAGUGGCCGUUGCAGGAGGCAGCGGAGGCCUCGGCGCGUUUAUUGUGAAGGAGCUAGUGGCAGCCGGGUUCGAGGUCACCGUCCUCCGCCGGGCCGGCUCGACCUCGACCCCGCCGGAAGGAGUGGCCGCCAAGGACGUUGACUACGCCUCCCUGGACUCCCUCACGGCCGCCCUGCAAGGCCAGCACGCCGUCGUCUCGACCGUGGCCACGGUGGCGGCGGCGGGCCAGAAGCUGCUGGCCGACGCCGCGCUGGCCGCGGGCGUGAGGCGCUUCAUCCCGUCCGAGUUCGGCGUCAACACGCGCCUCGCCCAAGGCCACCCCAUCGGCAAGAUGCUGGCUGGUAAAAUCGCCGUCGUCGACCACCUGGCCGCGCUGGCCGCCGAGAACCCGGCCUUCAGCUGGACUGGCAUCUGCACCGGCCUUUUCUGGGACUCUGCCCUCGACUCCGGAUACUCAGGCCUCAACGCCACAACCAAAACAGCCCGCAUCAUCGACUCGGGCAACGAGCCCUUCCAGGCCUCCACGCGCCCCUUUAUCGGGCGCGCCGUCGCCGCCGUGCUCCGCCGCGCCGACGAGACGGCCAACAAGUACCUGCUCGUCGCGGGCUUCCAGCCCUCGCAGAACGAGAUCCUGUCGGCGCUCGAGACGCUGACGGGCGCCAAGUGGACCGUGGCCGCGCGCGCCGACACGGCCGCGCUGCAGGCCGAGGGCGAGCGCAAGCUGGCGGCCGGCGACCACAGCGCCUUCCCGCACCUGCUCGAGCGGUGGUGCUACGGCGACGGCGUCGGCCACCCCGUCGCGCCCGCCGACGACGCCGGCGAGGCGCUGCUGGGCUUGCCCAAGGAGGACAUGGGCGAGGUGCUGCGGGCGUGGCUGGGGAGGGUGGGUGCGAUAUAGGCAGGGUAUGAGGGGGGGGUCGGUACACACACGGGUUGGACUCACGGUGGCAUAAGAACCUAGGUACCUACCAGUAGAUGGCAUCUUGGGCGGGGAAGAGAAACACGACAACGAUGAGGCAUCGACGGCGGCGGCACGCGAGGAGGAAAGGAGAGUUUCGAUUAAAAUGCGAAUUCGCAAGACUUGAUAUUCAUUUAGAGCUUGGAUAAUGGCCCGUUCCUCACAAUCUCGUUGUCCCUGUUCCUUUUUUUGUUGUCGAAAAUCCUUAAUAAUUUACACAAGGCCAUAAACGAAACACACUCGCACACA